AUGUCGUCAGAAAAACGUGUUAUACCACUUGAAUCGAACCCUGACAUCUUUAAUGAACUUUCCUACAAGUUGGGUUUAUCCCCAGUACUUCAAUUCCAUGAUUUGUAUUCAUUGACAGACCCAGAUUUACUCAGCUUUAUUCCGCAACCAGUUUACGCCAUCAUCAUGUUAUUCCCGUUGACCGAGACAUACGAGGCAUAUAGGCGCCAAACCGAUGCUGUAGACUCACCAAGUACAGCCGCAUAUGCCAACGAAAAGACUACUGAUAUUAAAUGGUUUAAGCAAACUAUUGGAAAUGCUUGUGGACUCUAUGCUUUGCUCCACAUUUUGGCUAACUUACCUCAAGACUUUAUCAUUUCAAGCCUGAUUUUGAAAGAUAGUCUUCUUCGUCAAAUUACGAAAUAUUCAUCUGUAGAAGAUGUAUCACGCUUAGUAGAGAAUUUGGAGUCUGAUAUUCAACUCGAUUCAAAUUAUGGUGUUCAGGGCCAAACUGCAGCACCAAGUGCUCAGGAUAGUGUUGAUUUGCACUUUGUUACAUUCAUCAAAUCCCCGCAUGAUGGCCACUUAUAUGAGCUUGACGGCCGCAGGAACGGUCCAAUAGACUUGGGUAAACUGUCAGAUGCACCACAUAUUUUGGAUGAUCCAAAAGUGGUUGAAAAAGUUCAAUUUUAUAUGAACAACACUGAUGAAAAGAACAAACACAAUUUCUCCAUCAUGGCUAUCGCUCCAGGAUUAUAA